GCUUGGCUACAGUGUUACGCCGAGGGUACACCGUCACCUUCCAUCACUUGGCUGAAAGAGGGGAAAGUCGAGGUGGCACCCAUGUCCUUCAUUGAGAUGGAGGACGGGAACCUCAAGAUUCAAGGCGUGCAGAGGAGCGACGCCGGCACCUACACCUGCGUGGCAUCGAACGUGGCUGGCACUGCGCAGGCGAAUGUGGUGCUGGAGGUUGGGUCGCCGCCCUCGGUCGUCCAGGCGCCCGCAGACACCGUCGUGGAGAUCGGCAGCACAGGCGGCCUCUCGUGCUAUGGCGUGGGCGUGCCAGAGCCCAGCAUCACCUGGAGGCGAGAGGACGGCGCCCCCCUUCCUCCUCACAUCACCCACGACCGCGACGGGCAACCUCAGAGUGCAAGGGAUGAAAGUGGAGGACGAAGGCACGUACCUCUGCACGCUUCAGAACUUGUACGAUUCCGUCACUCUGCGGGCCUCGAUUUCGGUGUCUGGCCUCUUGGCCCCCCUGAUCGCCGCGCCCCCGGACCCUAACCUGAAGGCUACCCUGGACGCCCCUGUCACGCUGCCAUGCACAGUGAUCAUGGCCAACCCGCCGCCCGUCCUCGUGUGGCUUCAUGACGGCGUGCCUGUCAGGGCGGGCAAAGGCAUGGUCGUCAAGAGCGAUGGAACCCUGAGCAUCUUCUCCGUGACUGUUAAGCACGAGGGAGAGUACCAGUGUGUGGCAACCAACGUGGCCGGGAAUUCGUCGCAGACUCUCAAUCUCAAAAUACUGGUUCCGCCUCGAGCCAAGCCCAAGCGAGUGGAGGACAGCGUGGCGGCGCUGGAGGGCGACGUGGUCAAGCUCAAGUGCCCCGUCAAGGCUGACCCUCGACCCACCUUCAUCUGGCACAAGAACGGACAGCCGGUUUCACGGACGUCCCCGAGAAUGCGGGUCCUUCAAGACGGCAUCCUCGUGAUCCGGCAGCUGCUGGCCGACGACGCGGGGACCUACGUGUGCACCGCCGUCAACGCCGCGGGAGCCACCAAGAUCGCCGUCGUGUUGGAUGUCCAUGUCCCGCCCACCAUCGCAGAGGGACCCACCUCGUACACAGUGGGCGAGGGGGAAGUGCUUGAGAUCGAGUGCGUGGCUUCGGGGGCGCCUCUCCCCUCCAUCACGUGGGUACGGCAGGACCAAACACUCCUGCUGGACCAGACCAUGCCCGAUGGUACGCUGAGGAUGGUAGCAACAAUGCAGAGCGAAGGACAGUACGAAUGCAUGGUGACGAACGCUGCAGGCUCAGCAUACAAAACCGUCGCUGUCCUCAUUAGUAAACCCCCUGAGAUCUCCCCGCCCGGCGACGAGACCCUGGCGGUGUCAGCAGGUCAAGAUCUCAAACUGCCAUGCGAGGUCAGAGGUCAUCCAGAACCCGAAGUGUCUUGGAGACGAAAUGGGUUCGCGCUGGCUACGGAUGAGAGGCUGGUGCCUUCCCCCGGUUACCUGCUAAUGAGUGCCGUCACACCUGAUCUCGCGGGGAACUACACCUGCAGUGCCAUCAACCAGGCCGGAAAUGCCCAUAAGACUUUCGCCAUAACAGUUAAUUAUCCCCCUCAAGUGGAGACGGUGGAGGAGACGUGGCCCGAAAGGAGCGUGGUGGAAGGAGGUCGCCUGUCUUUGCCGUGUCCUGCGUUGGCCAAUCCUACUCCGACGCGCGAUUGGACCAAGGAUGGCGUUCGACUCCUGCCCGAAGAAGGAUUGGAUAUCCUGGACAGCGGGACCGUGGAAGUCUCUCGAGCAGAACCCAAGCACUCAGGCAGCUACAGAUGCACGCUCACCAACUUUCUCGGUCAAGCACACAUUGAUUACGACGUGAAGGUCCUCAUCCCGCCCAGAGUGACCCAGCGGCACCGUCCAAGCGCCCCUGUUGUAGUGGAAGGUGAAGACGUCGUUAUCAACUGCCCGGUGGACGCAGUACCCAUCCCGACCAUCACGUGGCUCAAGGACGGCGUGUCCAUCUUCUCGACGAAGGACCGCGCCGACAUGACCCACAUCGUCGUCGAGAACAAUGGCCAGACGCUCUACAUCCUCGAGGCAACUGUGGACGACAAAGGCGUGUACCGCUGCGUGGCCAAGAACGACGCUGGGGUGACGGAGCUGCUCUUCCCGCUGGAGGUCCUCGUGGCGCCACAGUUCACCGAGUUCUUCCACAACCCCGACGUGACCUUGCAUGCCGGGGAAGAACUUGACCUCGACUGUGACGUCAGCGGUGACCCUGAGCCGCAGGUAUCGUGGAAACGUGACGGGGAGCCUCUGUACGCUCACGUGUCGCCUGGAGGUCGCCGAGUACACGUGCAACACGCCAAGGUCGGGCAUGCAGGACACUACAUGUGCACGGCCGUUAAUACCGCUGGCACCACACACAGGAACUUCAGCGUCACCGUCCUCAAACCACCCACGAUGGAGGACGGGGGCGCGGACGAGCUGACGGGCAUAGAAACUGUGAAGGGAAGGGACGCUAAGCUGUGGUGCAGAGCGGACGGAUCACCCGCGCCCGAGAUCGUCUGGACGAAGGACCGUCAGCUCAUUUCUCCUCUACAGGGAGGGAAAUAUUCCACACAGGAAGAAGGACAGAUGCUCACCAUACACGAGGUUACGCCAGAGUCCUCGGGUUUGUACGAAUGCACCGCCACGAACUUCGUCGGCACCGCUACCCGCACCUUCAACGUCUCCGUCAUGACGCCGCCCACGAUCCGCGACGCGGGCGGAAGCGACGUGGUAACCGACGUGCAGGUGGUGUCGGGUCGGGAGGCCAUCCUGUACUGCGGCGUCGAGGGGUCCCCGCCGCCCUCCAUCACCUGGCUUAGGGAUGGGCGGACCCUCAAACCAGGGCCCCGAGUCCACUUCACGGGCCCCUACGAACUCCUCCUGACGAGCGUGCAGGCGGGGGACGCGGGGGACUACGCCUGCCUGGCCACCAACCGCGCGGGGACGGCGGAGAAGCAGUUCGACAUCAGGGUCAUCGUUCCGGCCACGAUACCGGACGACGAGGAUGGCUCUCCGCCGAUGCAGGAGGUCCUGGUCGACAUGCCCUUCUCCCUCUUCUGUCCUGUAGAAGGCACGCCGCAGCCACGCAUCACAUGGACGAAGAACUCCGCCCCGCUGGACGGUCUGCUCGGCUUCCACGGCCUGGGCGGGCGGGUGGCGCUCGGCGACGGCGGGCGGCGCCUCUUGGUGUCCGAGGCCUGUCAUGCAGGACACCGGGACUUACAUGUGCGUGGCCGAGAAUGAGGGCGGACGCGACACGGCCUCCUACCAAGUCAAUGUGUUAGCACCACCAGUAAUUAUACAAGACAAAGACACGUUCCGGUCCGCCGUGGAGGGCGAUGACGUGGUCCUCGACUGCGAAGUGGACGGCGACCCUCCGCCCGCCAUCGUGUGGCUGCAGGACGGCGUGUCACUGCAGGAACUGUA